GUAAAGCAGAAAGUAGUACAUAUUCUUUUUUGCUGGAGAGACUGCCCCCUUCGUUCAUUCCUGAGCUUCUGUGAGUUUUCUCUGCGUCAUCAACAUUCACGUUGCUAACAUAUAUCAACAUAACAUCUAUUCGGCUUGCCCGGAAGGACUUGCGGGAAGGGGACUGGACCACCUUCCGCGAAAGAUAUGAGACUCAACCAACGAUGGCAAUGGAUGUAGUACCAUGGUAUAGAGGAGGCUGAGUGGAAGAGGUCGCCCGACUGAACGGGAGGGGAAAGCGGUCGCAACGUAGGACCUUGCCCCCAGGCCGAUGGUGUUCUCGUGCUUUGGUUGUUUUGGAAGCUCGGAGCCAGCGGAUGCAGCCAGCAGGAGCGGUCGCGGCGAGGAGCAAGGGCGAGCUGAUGCACUGGCUCAGGGCCAGCCCGUGCAAAAGCCUCAACGGCGCCAGUCCUCAACGGACAUUCUCAGCGAUUGUCACAGCUACGCAUCAGCGACGGGCCUGCAACCCACGCGGCGGACUGCGUCCGUGAAGGCAUGCCUUGGCAUCAACUCGGAGCACUACUCCUUCAUCCGGGACGUGGGCACCAACAACUACUAUGAAGCCAUCACUCCCACGCACGCCUCCAUGGCAUCCCAUUCCGUGGGCGGCGCACUCGCCAACAUCCAGCAGCAGCGCUCCAGCCGCAGUGGCGCUGCGCACGCGCAGCAGCCCGGCCCCUCGCCGCCCAUCACCACCUCGGGCGAAGAACCCAUGGGGCCCGGCGGCUAUACCACUAGCCGCACCGUGAGCGACCGGGGCGGCAGCGGGCAGGGCAUGGGGCCGGGCCCUGGCUCGGCACCGCCCGCGGUGUACGAGGGGCCGGGGCCGGCGUCGGGCGCGCUGCAGCCGGUGGAGGGGCUGGAGGCGGAGGGCAAUGAUGUGCUGCUGUGCGUGUCGCCUAACCUGCCGGCGGGCAUGCGGCGGCCCAAGUGGAGCAGCGAGGACUAUGUGGUGCUGGACCAGAUACACAGGGGGCACUCCUCCACCGUGUUCAAGGCCCAGUGCCAGAACAGCGAGCUGAUCGUGGCGGUCAAGGUGUACCGCCUCAGCCAGCUGCCGGAGCUGCAGCGGCUGCACCUGUUCCGCGAGAUCAAGCUUCACGCCAUGCUGGACCACCCCAACAUCAUCGGCUUCUACGCGGCGUUCAUGGAGGGCGACAACGUGUUUAUCAUUGAGGAGUUUGCGGACGGCGGCGACCUGCUGGGGCUGCUGUUCAAGUACGGGGGCAAGAUACCCGAGACUGCAUUCCUGAAGCUAGUGGCGGUGCCUCUGCUGUCCGCGGUACACCACAUGCACAGCAACGGCAUCCUGCACAGAGACAUCAAGCCCGAGAACGUGCUGUUCACUUCCACGCGGGUGCCCAAGCUGGCAGACCUUGGGCUGGCCAUCGACAUGCGUGAAGAGCGGCCCAACAGCAACGCCGGGACGCUGGACUACAUGGCGCCUGAGGUGCUGUCUUGUCCUCUCAAGCGCUCGCCACAAGAAAACAAGGACAACCCGUCCGCACCGGGGUACGGGCCAGAGGCGGACGCGUGGGCACUGGGCGCGGUGACGUACGAGAUGCUUGUGGGGCAGCCGCCGUUCAAGGGGUUUACGGAGGAGGACACCACCAACUUCAUCCUUACAGGCGAGCUGCGGAUGCCCAAGCUACUGUCCGACCCCGCCAAGGACUUCAUCAACCGGGCCCUGGCGCGCAAUCGUGUGCAGCGGCUACGCCUGGCAGACAUGCUGGAGCACCCCUGGAUCCAGUCGGCCGAGACGCUGGAGGCUGCGCCAGAGCCACUGGAGGUGGAGGAACCGGACUUCCUGCCUUUUGGCGCGGGCAUGCCGGGGCCUAACGUGUUGGGACCUAACUUUGGGCCGCUGCCGGACCUGCACGAGGAGGGAGACAGCGAGGGCGAGGUGGACGAGGACGACGAGAUCAUGACCGCCUCCCGCACGGGCGCCCUUUCAAACAUGGACUCAUCCUACCGUGGGCUCACAGGUGCCGGCUCGAUGGCCGACGGCCCUCCCGGCACCAGCACCGGCGGCGGCGCUGCGGGGUCACGGCACGGCGUGCCAUUCUUAGGGGGCCCCAGCCGCCUGGGCAGCAUGGGCGCGGGGGUGGUGGCGGGAGGCACGCCAACUGGUGUGGCACGGCAGACUUCAAGACCGGGCUCAAGCCACCGGGACCCUGCGCUGCUGGGGCUUGGAUUGGCAGGCAGGAGUAACUCAUUUUCACGCAGGUCAGGUUGAAAAGGGACAGGCGCCAGUGCUGACUGUGUUACUACUGCGUCGUCAAUAAGGGCACACCACCAGUGUGCCCGUGCCGUGUGGCAUCAGGACGCAGAUGGGAGACAACAAGAGGUUCUGCGGGCGGUACUUGACAGACAUUCCAGUCUGGUGAAUGUGUCUGGGCGGGGCAUCUUAUCUGAAAGUAUCGGUCCGCCAUUGCGGCUGUGUGUUAAAGAGCACAAGGAAAACGUUGCGCAAAGACAGUGUAUGCGAUGCAGCAAAGCGACGGUUUACGGAUGUUACCUGAAGUUACCUCGCAUACCUGCUGCGGUGAGCCGCCGGUCUUACCAACCGGAAAUCGCGCAACCCCCGCUACUCUAACCUCGAGGGGGGAUUAGUGUCCACACGCUCUCAAGGGUGCAAACCCAUGCAUGUGCUCACGGUACCGUGAGGCCCAAGCACUCCUACAAUUCCUAGCUCCGCGUCGCUACUCCUGGCCGCUAAGUCCAAGCUCCCGCCCAAUCCUCGAUGAAAUUCUCACCUACGAGCGAAUAAGAAAACAACAGAGCACAGGGCGGCAGCAGGGGAGUGUCAGUGCGGCUGUGUGUGUGUGUAGGAGCUUGCAGACAGGAGGAAAGAUGGAGGACCGCAAGACGUGUUUGGCACGUGGGACAGGGUGGUUUCCCUGGCCUGAGAUGGUUUCUUGACCAGUGUUUUGUCGGUACCUGUAGUUUGUAGGUCCGUGGGACAGCUUGCCAGAAUGGAUGGGCAAACGGAAGGGAAGUGAACAAACACUUUAUGUUCGGAAGUCUGGGCAAGUUGCUGGGCAAACGUUAAAGGCUUGCAA